UUUUUCCAUUUAGGUUGUGUUUGGAUUUUGCAAAGCGAUUUAGAACUUUUACUUAGCUGUAACAACAAAUAUUUGUGCAAGGACUGUCAGGCUACUCGUCGGGCGUCUAUUCGCUCCCCUCCCCUAUGCCCUUCCCCAAGUGAGUGCAUAAUAAAUAAAACGAAAAGUGCGUGUUUAUCUAAUACACAAAAUCAAAAUGUGAAUAUCGCAAAACAACAACCGUUGCCGACUAAACAGUCAAAUCAAAAUAUAAACGACAAUAACCAGCAAGUCUCUUUGUUAACCGUGCUAAAUGAAAUUUCUGCUCUUAAAAUAGAAUACAAGAGCGCGGUGACAAUGCUAAAUAUUUUACAAACAGAAAAGCAGCUCUUAGUUGAAAAACAUAUGCAUUCAGAGACUAAAGCUAUGCGCAAAUCACACGCUGAAGAUGUGGUAUCUGCUAUUUCCAUGCUCACAAAAGAAGUUAAAGAACUCCGACGCAUUGCAUGCUCUUGCAAGUGUGCUAAUAAAAAUGUGAAAAGUGCAUCAAAACAAUUGUCUCCUAAGUCUGCCGUUAAUUUGCCAUCUACCGCUUCUUCGCUUUCUCUUCACAUAAAUCCUCUCCCAGCUGUCGAAGAGGGAAAUAAAUCUAAUCAACUCUUACAAACAGCUCAGCCAAUCGAGAAACGCAAUACCAACAAAGUAUCGUGUUCAGCAGCGGUGAUGGAUUCUGCUGCGGCUGUGACUGCAUCCUACGCCGACGUAGCUAAAUUAACUUCACAUCCCGAACAAAAUGCCUCUGCUGCGGAUGCCUCUGCUUCUGCUUCUAACUCUGCGUCCGCAUUCUAUUGGUACUUCGAAUAAGCCAAAAGUGAAAGCGCUUACUCGUAAAAUCGUUGUUGGGUCGAGCUCAAAUGAUGAAUUAAAUGUUGCGCAUAUAAUGAAAUGGUUACACUUAUCUUCAUUUAAGCCAUCUGUAACAACAAAUAAUAUUAUCGCCUACGUAUCUAAGCAUUCAUCUAUUAGUUCCGAAAUGAUAUCUUGCUAUAGCCUUGUAAAGAAGGAUGUGGCUGUUGAUUCUCUAAAGCGAGUGAACUUUAAACUGGGGGUCUUCUCAAAUCAUUAUGACAGCUUACUAAAUUCAGAGCACAUUUAAAAAAGAACACAAACUGUAACCCUGAAAUGCAAUCAGCUGUUUUUUCGCGCGCUAAUCCGACAACGAAUUGCAGAAAUUUUUGGUGGACAGUUUAAAAUAAAAAAAUAAAAGAAUGCUAGCUAAUGAAGAAAGUCCUAUUAGCAGAAAAACAGUUACAGGUAAAAUGAGAAUGUCUUGACUUUUCUGUCAAAUGUGAAAAAGUGAAAAAUUUAUUUAAACGAUCCUUUUUGAUAGUAUGGACGGAAGGCGAAACGAGACUUCUGCUGGAUAAAUACGCCUCCUAUUUGCCGGACGUUUCUCCCUUCAAGCAGGUAAAGAAAAAAGGACAUGUGGAUGAAAAUUGGCGCAGAGUUCGAUGGGAAAAGUUGGAAGCAGUGUGAAGAAAGGUAUAAGACCAUCAUGAAACGUAGAAAAGUGGCGGUGGAAAAUAACAGCACCUCAGGUGCAAAACGCCAAAAGCUACAGUUUGAAGAAGAGCUCGAAAAAAUAUGCAAAAUAGAUGAUUCCAUUGAGCCGGCAGUAAAAAUAAGUAGCCAAUGUAUGAUAAAAAAAGAGGUCGCAGCAAAAGAAAAGCAAAGAAAGAGGAAAACGCUGCAAGAAACUAUGUUAGAAAUUGCUGCUAGGAAGGAAGCCAGAAAGAAGCGACACAAGGAAAGAAUAGAGAAAGCUGCAAGAAUCGAAAGCCUUUUGGAAAAGUGCAUCAGUGAAAUCAAACCAGCUUGAGGCUGUGGGCGUGUGAGGCUUCUGUAAUUAAGUAUAAAAUGGGAAGAAGUGCCUUUCGUUCCUGGUCCAAUGUUUCGCCUAUUUAUUUUUUACUUAGUACCUGCUUGAAUCAAAUA